CAUCCAAAUUUCUUCCUGUUUUGCACCUCUCACAUUCACACCACAGACAGACCACACCAUUUCCUCUCUCUCCUCCAACCCACGCUCUUUUUUCUCUUCUUUUUCUUUUCCUUUCCUUUUUUUCCCGGAAUCUCGAAAAUUUUCCGAGAAAAUUCACCUCCGCCUCAUCAGGUGGGACAGAUCCGAAAACCGGAUGCAUAAUCCAACAAUAACUCAUCUCUCGCCGAGAUCAUCGUAGUCAUUAGAUUUCUUUUCCUCCUUCUUCUUCUUCCUAUACAGUUUCCCCAUUUUUGCACAGUACUUCACUCUUGUUCAGCAAAAAAAAUUUAGUUAAUCCGCUAAAGGAUACUCCGAUUUUCCUCACAUCCUUUUCGAUUUCUGGCUACUUUAUCUGAAUAAGAAAUAAAAAAAGGGGUUUUUCUUUGAGUGAGCCCAUAAUCGCAAUUGUAGCUUUCGAUUCUACUAAGCUGCCUUGAGAUUUCUAGUUCUUGAUCUUAUUUUUAAUUGAUCAAUUUUUUCUUAAUUUGUUUAUUUUUUCCGUGUCUUUGUUGUUGAUGAUGAUUUUUGAGGUAUUGAGGAUUAGCAAGGCCUGAAUUUUUGAGUUGUUCGAUACAGUUUUUGGAUCGCUGUGUUAAUCUUAAUAGAAUCUCUUUGGAUCUGAGGGUUUUCGGGAAAUAAAGGUGGAUCGUUGAUGAGACUCUCGGAGUAGGGCAAAAUUUUUUAUUUUUUAUUUUUAAAUCGGUUAAUGUGUGUGGUCAAGUAGUUUUGUAAUUAAGGAAGGUUGAACAUAUUGAGUUUGUGAUCUUUGUGAUCAUGGAUCACGUUAUCGGUGGAAAAUUCAAGCUUGGGAGAAAGAUUGGAAGUGGGUCAUUUGGAGAGCUCUACUUGGGUGUUAAUGUGCAAAGUGGAGAGGAAGUUGCUGUCAAGCUGGAAUCUGUGAAGACCAAACAUCCACAACUUCAUUAUGAGUCAAAAUUGUAUAUGCUUCUUCAAGGCGGAACUGGUAUACCCCAUUUAAAAUGGUUUGGAGUUGAGGGUGACUACAAUGUCAUGGUGAUUGACCUUCUUGGACCAAGUCUGGAAGACUUAUUUAACUAUUGCAACAGGAAAUUUUCGCUGAAAACAGUUCUGAUGCUUGCAGAUCAACUCCUAAACAGAGUUGAGUACAUGCACUCCCGGGGUUUUCUGCACCGUGAUAUAAAACCCGACAACUUUUUAAUGGGUUUGGGCCGCAAGGCAAAUCAGGUUUACAUAAUUGAUUAUGGUCUUGCAAAAAAGUAUCGUGAUCUUCAAACCCAUAAGCAUAUACCAUACAGGGAAAACAAAAACCUUACUGGAACUGCACGCUAUGCAAGUGUUAAUACUCAUCUUGGAGUUGAACAAAGCAGAAGAGAUGAUCUAGAAUCUCUUGGUUAUGUGCUCAUGUACUUCUUGAGAGGAAGUCUCCCUUGGCAAGGCUUGAAAGCUGGGACUAAAAAGCAGAAGUAUGACAAGAUAAGUGAAAAGAAGAUGCUUACUCCAAUAGAGGUCUUGUGCAAAUCACACCCACUGGAAUUCACAUCCUACUUUCACUACUGCCGGUCAUUGCGUUUUGAAGAUAAGCCUGAUUAUUCAUAUCUCAAGAGACUCUUCCGUGACCUAUUCAUACGAGAAGGUUAUCAAUUUGACUAUGUAUUUGACUGGACUAUAUUGAAGUAUCCACAAAUUGGAUCCAGUUCUAGAGCUCGACUAACCGGGAAGCCAGUCGGAAACCCAGGACUGUCAGGAGAUAGAUUAGAUCGACCUUCAGGUGGGCCAGAGAUUCGGGAAAGAUUAUCAGGUGCCGUUGAGGCAUUUGCAAGAAGGAAUGGCUCUGGACUAAAUCUGCAUAGGUCUUCAGAUGAUGUGCCAUCUUCCAAAGAUGUGCAAGCUGAUUCGGAGAGAACUCGUAGCUCUUCUCGCAAUGGCAGUGCCUCAAAAAGGCCUGUUGUUUUGAGCAGCCGGCCUAGUUCUUCUGGUGAGCCUAGCGAGAACCGUUCAAGUAGGCUGCUUGCAAGCAGCAGCCGUCUAUCUACAACUCAGAGGAUUCAACCAGGUCUGGAGUCCAAAACGUCAUUCACCCGUGCAUCCGGGACAAGGGGAGGCCGUGAUGACACACUCAGGAGCUUUGAACUCCUGUCAAUUGGUACGGGAAAAAGGAAAUGAAGAACUGUGUGGUCAGAAGACUACUUGCGCCAAAGGGCAUCAGUUCCAUUCAUGAAACUUCUGAGAUAUCGCACAAUUGUUGAUUACUAUGUAUAUUUCCAUCUUUAUAUUGGGUCCAUUCAAAGGCUAUAGAGCUAAUUGGAAUUACCUCAUGAAGCUUUGGCAGACUUCUUCUAUACCUCUUCAAAUGUUCUUCCAUGAUUUAUUUCCACAUGGACCCAUAAGAAGAGAUACUAUGUUACUCUAGGAAUUUGUUUAUAUGCAAGAACUAUAUGGCUACUUGAUAAAUACAUUCUCUAUAUUUUUGUGUUGAGGAAAAAAGAAAAACGACAUGCAAAAAAUGCUAUGCAAUUUUGCAUAAUUCCAUGCCUGUGGUUGGAAGCCGAAUGAUUAUAUUGUUUCGAAAUGUUCUUGAAGCAUGACAUCAUUGAAAUCAAUUUUUGAAUUAAUACUAUAAAUGUUGGCGUUCAGGUUGUUACA